UGAACAUGAGUGGCAAGCGAUAGGACUACAGGCGCUGACAGCCGUGAAAAUCCGCCCUCCAAAAGUGACCGCCUCCAACCCCGGAAACCUGCUGGUUCAUUCUCUGCCAUACAACCCUUACAAGGAAGUGCACGGUUGAAGACAGUGAGAUACGGUUGGAAUCUCAAGGCCAUCCUCUACAGCAGUCAUGCCACGUAUUGAAAAUGACAUCAAACUCGACUUCAAGGACGUGCUGCUUCGACCCAAACGUAGCACUCUUAAAUCCCGCAGUGAGGUGGAUCUCAUGCGCAGUUUCACAUUCAGAAAUUCGAAGAGCAGCUAUCGUGGGAUUCCCAUCAUUGCAGCAAACAUGGACACUGUGGGGACUUUUGAAAUGGCUGUAGCUUUACAUCAGUUCAGUCUCUUUACAGCCAUCCAUAAGCAUUACUGUGUGGAUGACUGGAAAGAGUUUGCAGCAAAGCACCCAGAAUGCUUACAGAGCGUGGCAGUCAGUACAGGGACAGGUGAUGGGGAUUUUGAUAGGCUGGUGGCCAUUUUGGCCGCUGUACCUCAGAUUCAGUACAUUUGUGUUGAUGUAGCCAAUGGCUACUCCGAACACUUUGUCCACUUUGUGAAGGACGUGAGACAGAAGUUUCCUACACACACAAUCAUGGCUGGCAAUGUGGUGACAGGAGAGAUGGUGGAAGAACUGAUUCUUGCUGGUGCUGACAUUAUCAAAGUGGGCAUUGGACCAGGAUCUGUGUGCACCACUCGUAAGAAAACUGGUGUGGGUUAUCCUCAGUUGAGCGCAGUCAUUGAGUGUGCUGAUGCUGCACAUGGUCUGGGUGGACACAUUAUAUCUGAUGGAGGCUGUACCUGCCCAGGUGACGUCUCCAAAGCAUUUGGUGCGGGGGCUGACUUUGUGAUGCUGGGAGGAAUGCUGGCAGGUCAUUCUGAGAGUGGCGGUGAAAUCAUAGAGAAAAACGGCAAGAAGUACAAACUGUUCUACGGCAUGAGCUCAGAUAUGGCCAUGAAGAAGCACGCAGGAGGCGUAGCUGAGUACAGGGCCUCUGAGGGUAAAACGGUCGAAGUGCCUUAUAAAGGUCCUGUGGAGGUGACUAUGAAAGAUGUGCUGGGUGGAGUACGCUCCACCUGUACCUACGUGGGUGCCGCUAAACUGAAGGAGUUGAGUCGUCGUACCACCUUCAUUAGAGUGACCCAACAACUCAACACUGUCUUUGGAAAUGAUAAUUAGACCAGGUCAGUUCUGAAGUCUAACAGGGUCCACAUUGGGCCAGAUUAUGCCAAAAACCAUGCAAGGGUCAUUUUGGUCUCUCUGUAAACUGAAGACAAAUGCACGUAUAUGCAUAUUCACUCAUCUGCACACACACCUCACAUAUAUAAUGUGUAUUUCUAGGGUUCUCACAGCUGUGAGUUGUUGAAUUCAAAUGAUUUCUCCAGAUGCUGUAUUAAAGCAACUGUACGGUCUAUCUCUCCUUUUGGAUCAGACUGCUAAGUGCAAACUGCAAACGUUUCCAAUGACUUUUUCAAUUUAAUCUUUUUAAUAAUUUACUACAUUGUAGUAUAAAAUCAGAGCAUAAAUUUGGUUUGAUUUAUUACACUGUCCUGAAGUGUAUGUUUUGUGCGGUUUUUGUUUGGGAUCAUUUUCUUCAUCAGCCUUCACACUGAAGUUCAUCUCCUCAUCAUUUGUUUUAACUUUUUGAGAAGCCUGUUAGAGCCUUAUAUGUUAUCCAGAUACUGUGGGUACUGUUUUAAAAUCUGUUGUAAAUUUAUCUCAAUGCCUGUUUUGAUGGAUUUUUUUAUACUCUUUAUGAUUUGUUUUUCUUUACACAUUUUCUGGACCAACACCAAACCUUGAAAGGAUCAUCAUAGUGUUAUACAAUAUGCUAUAAAUAUCUGUUAUCGAAGACCAAAGCCAUAGUAUUAUUAUUUCACAUGCAAUGCACUCUUGCUCUUAAAAACUUUACUUUGUUCGACACAAUCUUUUAAAGACUUAAUCAGUUCCUAGUUUUAUCCAUUUAGGGCCAAUUUUAUCUGCCAUGUUACACUUCACCUAAUGUGGCAGUUUGUUCAGAUAACAAUGAAAGGUUGUAGGAAAUGAAACACUGUUCCCCCUUAAAUCAUUUGGUGGGAGCCAGUUGGACACUGUUGCCUGUGAGUAAUUUAACUUGAUCUUAAUUAUUUUGCAUAUUUCCAUGUUUUAAAAUCUGAAUAUUAUUCCAUAUGUUUCACUUUGAUUCAUUUUACUUCACAUUAUUUUAGAUGUUGAUUGAUCACCUGUUUUGUGUUGUGAAAAAUAAACAAUCAUACAAA